AUGUUUUUUAAACUGGUCGCCGUCGCGCUGGCGCUCGUCGCUCACAGGGCAUCAGCGCAGGCUUCGUCCAACUCGCUCGUGAGCCGCCGCCUCACUGAGUAUUUGCUGCCGGCUGCCUCUGCCACACACGAGUUUGCGCGCGUGCCGAAUACAAAUUUCCUGCUGCUGUCCCAGUUAUCUGACAGCCAGCUCAUCAAGAUCGAGCUGGAUCCUACCACCGAAGAGCCCAUUGCGUAUCAUGCCUUUCCCAUGGGCAAGGACAACCAUUCCGAGUUACAUGGCGUGUGGCCCUCGACCGUGUACCCCGGCAUGAUGUGGCUGACGCUGCAGGCCGACAACAAGCUGCUCCUCGUGGAUCCCGGCAAGGAUCUCGCGACUCCGCCGACCAUAAUAAAAACAAUUGAUAUCCCGGCACCAGGAAAUGGGCCACAUUGUGUGUUUGAGAUCGGCAACCGCGUCUGGGCCGGGCUCAAGGUGGCCUCCAAGCAAACUGGCGGGUACUAUGUGUUCUCGGCGGAUGUCACCAACUCGACGGACCAGAAGCUGUACCCAUGCCUCAACAGCCCCGUGUUUAUCAAGGAGGAGCCGACCACCGGCUUGAUCUACGUCACGCAAGAUACCGACUCGUCUAUAAUGCGGAUCAAUCUCACUACCGGCGAGACGGCGCAACUUCCAAUUCCGCCCAGUGUUGGCAACAACGCCGUCGGAAUGAUCUCUGGCUACGGUCCCAUGGAGGGUGUAUGGUUCACUCUCGCUGGUAAUGCUACUGGUGGUACCGGCACGUUUGGUCGUAUCGGACCCUCUGGCAAGAUGGAGUUCUUUAAGCUCAAGCACCCGAUGCUGGGCACCAAUGCUGGUCUCCUGCAUAUCGCUGACGCAUCGAGCGAAGCUGGUGGUCCAGCCGUGUGGCUCCUGUCGACCUCGCUGCUCAGCAAUAACUCGCCCGAUGCCCUGAUCCGCGUGACUUUCGACUCCGAUAUCACCUCUAUUUCCGGCGAAGAGUACGUCUCUAUCCUCACUCAAAAUGCUAUGGCACACCGCAUCCUGCCCAUGAAUGCUACGGUCUUGGUGUCCGAACUCCAUACAUUCACACUCGCCCAACUGUCGUACAAGAACACUAUUGCCGGUCAAUGGCUACCGGCAGAGGCCAUCAGCAACACUACCGUUUACGAAAAGCCUGGUUAA